UCGGGAUUGAGAAUGAAAGACUUGGAAGAAUGGUAUUCAAAUAGCGAAGAGAAGUACGAGAAGUCGACACGCAUCCGCACUUUCGGCAAAGAUGAUCGGUCGUCCAAUUUUACUCGCGGCGCUCUCGCUGCACGUCUUUACCUCAUUGGCUGAGAAGCAUCUCUCCAAAAGAGACGAGAAGCCCGCUCUACCAUAUGAUCCCAAUACCACACAGUAUUGUACUUGGUGGUAUGACAAUGAUGGUUCCAUUCCAUGCAGUCAGAUGCCGGCUCUCUGGGCAAUGUCCUUGAAUGACUUCCGAAGAUGGAACCCUUCCAUCACGGCUGACUGCGGCAAUUUUGUGACGGGCAAGUCUUAUUGCGUAGAAGCAUUUGGCGAGCCUCCACCACAGACGAGCACAGUAGUGUCGUCCUCAACAACUUCCAAGGCCACACCAACCUCCACUGGAGGGGCUCCUGGUCCCACUCAAUCCGGACAGGUGGAGAACUGCAACCGUUGGGACCUCGUCAAGGAUAAAGACACAUGCAGUGUAUACAUUAACAAGUAUCCUGGCUUGACGCUGAAGGACCUCGUCUCUUGGAACCCAGGAAUUGGUGAUAACUGCCAGUUCUUGUGGAUUGACUACUAUCUUUGCACCGGCGUCCCCGGCUUCAAUCCCGUCACAACCACCAGCAAUACCGCCACCCCAACGCCCACUAAUGGCAUCGCCACGCCCACCCCCAUCCAAGGAGGCAUGGUAGGCAACUGUGACGCAUUCCACAAGGUCGUCAGCGGAGAUGGUUGCGCUGCAAUUGCCCAGCAAUACGGCAUUAGUCUUUCGCAAUUCUACACCUGGAAUCCUACCGUCGGAUCUAACUGCGGUUCUCUGUGGCUCGACUACUAUGUCUGCGUGUCUAUCAUCGGCGUCGGUCCUUCGUCCACCGUCAAGAGCACGCCGAUCGCCACUUCGACAGUCACGACUCCAACGAACGGCAUCGCCACUCCCACGCCUGUCCAGGCUGGCAUUGUGAGUAACUGCGAUGCCUUCCACAAGGUAGUCAGUGGAGAUGGGUGCGCCGCGAUUGCCUCAAAAUACAGCAUCAGCCUUUCACAGUUCUACACGUGGAAUCCUACUGUCGGAUCCAACUGCGGUUCUCUAUGGCUCGACUACUAUGUCUGUGUCAGUAUCAUUGGUGUUGGACCUACGCCGACGACAACGUUGAAGACGACGACGUCGACGAAGGGGAAUGGAGUUGCCACGCCUACCCCGUAUCAAUCGGGAAUGACGACCAGCUGCAAGACGUUCCACAAGGUCGUGUCUGGUGAUGAGUGUGCGGUGCUUGCGAAGAAUGCUGGUAUUUCACUGGCGAACUUUUAUAAGUGGAAUCCUGGGGUUGGGACGAGCUGCGGGUCCCUCUGGCUGGAUUACUACGUCUGUAUAGCUAUUCUGUAGUUGGAUAGCAGUCACUGCAAAUCUGCAUGGUGCGUUUCAUAUAAUGUAAUUCUUAAUUCAAUAACACUCUCAAGACAUGCUUACGAGUGAUGAGAGACAUGAAGGUCUCUUGGAUGUCAUCAAGCCUCUCAAGAGAAAGUCUUCAUCUCUUCCU